AUGGUGGUGUCAGUCAACAAGGUGCUCGCGAACUCUAAAGCUUGCGGCACACCGUUUCAAGCAAAGCAUGAAGUCGAGUAUGGCAUGAAGGUGGUGGCUCGAGAUGCAAACGGUGUCGUUGAUAGUGUACAGUGCCAAUUCUGCCGUUUCCAUGGCCGGAAGCGGGUUCCUGAUGCCAAACGCAAGCGUAGCCAGAACAUCAAACUCUUUGCACCACCUUACCGAACUGACAACUAUCAACUCCAUCACAGAGAGACUCACGUGGGCAAGUGGAUCGAGUACAAGGCAAUCUCGUUCGAGGACAAGAGAGUGUUCUUCAACAAGCGUCCGGAGUUCAAGUACACGUUGUUCUCCUUCUCCGACGACGCGAGCUCCACACUGAUAUUUACCAUAAGUGCGCAGAUUGUCAAAAUUCUGAUUGGCGAGUUGUUCUUCAACUCCGAGGACGAAACGAUCUUGGCCGAAAGAGCGUUGAAGCUAUUUCGGCAUCAGAAGGACGAUAGCUUCAACGUUACAAUCAAGACGCCGCUUAGAUAUUAG